AUGGAUGCGAAGCCGCAGCGUAUUCGCGUCCGUGGGGACGAAAAUGUGCCGCCCUCUGUCCACACCAACAAGACCAUCCAUCAACGCAACAAGUCCACCCCUGCGCUGAACCUGAUGGCGCAGAACGCGAAGAAUGGCGCGACUCGCCGAGCCUUUGGCGAUGUGAGUAAUGUGAAGACGAUCCGUGAUGAUUCGGACCUGCCCGGCAAGCCUGCGACUCAGGUAGCGGACAACAAACCCGCCCUGUCGCAGCCUGCCCAACGUCCUCUGUCGAUGUCUGCUCUCAAGGGCCUUCUGAACAAUGUCACUUCAAAGCCGGCAAACCCCGCCGGCAAAGUUCAAUCUACCGCCCUCAAGAACAACAUCAAGCGCAACAAUGUGGUUUUCCGCGACCAGCUGGAACCUGUUGUCGAAAAGGAACCAUCCAAGGAAGUCAUCACAACUGCCCAGCCGGCGCGCCGCGACGAACGGCCCAUUGAAGAAGAAGCUGUACGAAAGGAUGUCGAGAAGGACAACGAAGAGGAGGAGCAAGAGUACUUUGAUAUUCCUUCGGAGGAUUCCGUCACUGAGGUGGAGGCCAGCGAAGUUAGUCGCCCGUGGCGUGAGAUGCUUCCACCUCAGGCUGAGGCUACCAAGCCUGCUUCUUCUGUGCCGAAUGUGGGGAAGCCCCGCACUCUUCCCGCACCUCCCAGUCGCAGCUCGCAGGAGGCUCAAUCUGAUUAUCUUCGCCAGGACGCCACUGGCUCUGCCAUUUCGGAGCCUGAGGAGUGGGAGGACGAAGAGCCUCGCGGCCACCCUCUCCGUGCAGAGAAUACGACCGGUGGUACAACCACCGUGAUCUACCCCAAGAUCACGGCAGUCACCAAGCGUGAGUUGCUGCAGGCCAAGACUAUCGUCGAGGCUGCUCAGACGGAGGAGGAAAUCAUGGAGGAUUUUUAUGACGCCAGCAUGGUUGCGGAGUACAGCAACGAGAUCUUCCUUCACCUACGAACCAAGGAGAUUGCUAUGUUGCCCGUGGCCGACUACAUGGCCAACCAAGCCGAGAUCCAGUGGUCGAUGCGCUCUGUCCUCAUGGACUGGCUAGUGCAGGUCCACUUCCGCUUCGCUCUUCUGCCAGAGACCCUAUUCCUCUGCGUGAAUUACAUCGAUCGGUUCCUCUCCCACAAGAUCGUUUCACUUGGCAAGCUCCAGCUAGUGGGUGCCACCGCUAUCUUCAUCGCUGCCAAGUAUGAAGAAAUCACCGCUCCCUCCGUUGGUGAGAUCUUCUAUAUGGUGGAUGGUGGCUACACCGUGGAUGAAAUCCUGAAGGCAGAGCGCUUCAUGCUUAAUAUCCUCAACUUUGACCUCGGCUGGCCGGGUCCCAUGAGCUUCCUCCGACGCAUCAGCAAGGCUGAUGACUAUGAUCUUGAGACCCGUACCGUCGCUAAGUACUUCCUGGAGUUGACCAUUAUGGACGAGCGCUUCGUAUCCACUCCUCCUAGCUUCGCUGCUGCUGGUGCUCACUGUCUUGCUCGACUGAUGCUGCAGAAGGGAUGCUGGACCCCCGCCCAUGCCUUCUACAGCGGCUAUCUCUACGAGCAGCUCAUCCCAGUUAUGUCGACCAUGCUGGAGUGCUGCGAGGAUCCCCAGCACCAUCACCAAGCGAUUUACGAGAAGUACUCCGACCGCCGUUUCAAGCGUGCCUCCCUCUACGUGGAGGCUGAGAUGAAGCGUGGGUUCAACCUGCCUCGUCCCACCACCCUCAAGAAUCUUGGCCGUCUGGACGGUCUGGCCAACUACUGA